GCUCACCAACACAAAUCAGCGGGUGCCGGUGUAUUGUCCUUUCGCCGCAGGGUUACGGUGGAUUUAACCUCUAAACUGCCCUUCGCCGAAUCCUUUCGUCAGUUCCGCGAUAUUCUGUCCGCGUUCCAGUGAAAGUGAGAGGUUGUCCGUCGGAAGUCGAGCCCCCAAAACUCUGAAACGAUCGCUCGCAACGCCUAAAAGGAGGCAAGUGGAUUUCUUUCGCCCGCGGUUUUAAGAAACAGCAUCAAAAUUAAUUACUCAAAGUAUCACAACGCUAUGUCGCUUUCGGCGAUAGCGAAGCCUGUAUUGUACUCCUAUUGGAGGAGUUCGUGUUCCUGGAGGGUACGCAUAGCACUCAACCUGAAGGAAAUUCCAUACGACAUAAAACCAAUAAGUCUCAUCAAGUCUGGAGGAGAGCAGCAUUGUAACGAGUACCGUGAUGUGAAUCCUAUGGAACAAGUUCCAGCACUACAGAUUGAUGGUCAUACGCUCAUUGAAUCCUUAGCAAUUAUGCAUUAUUUAGAAGAAACACGUCCGCAACGACCUCUAUUACCUCAAGAUGUUCACAAACGUGCAAAAGUCCGUGAACUAUGCGAAAUUAUUGCAUCCGGCAUUCAACCCUUGCAAAAUUUAAUUGUUUUGAUUCAUGUUGGGGAGGAGAAGAAAAAGGAGUGGGCUCAACAUUGGAUCACUCGUGGAUUCCGUGCCAUAGAAAAAGUUCUAUCAACAUCGGCUGGAAAAUUCUGUGUCGGCGAUGAAAUUUCAAUGGCAGAUUGUUGCUUGGUUCCGCAAGUAUUCAAUGCAAGACGAUUCCACGUAGAUCUUCGCCCAUAUCCAAUUAUUCUUCGAAUUGAUCGUGAACUAGAAAGUCACCCAGCAUUCCGUGCAGCUCAUCCAUCGAAUCAGCCUGACUGUCCACCUGAAGCAGCCAAAUAAGUUCAAAUUUCCUCAAUGAAUUCACCUUUCUAUCAAUUUCAGCACUAGCUUUGAUUAUGGGGUAUCGGAUCCUUUAUACUAAAGCUUGAAUAAGAAAAAAUGAAAGUUUCACCGUUUGAAAUAUUUGUUCUGGAAAAACCGAUACAAAACUCGAAUAUAAUUUUGUUUGCUUAUGUUUCCUAUUGCAGUGGUUUUCAACGUUUAUAAAGUUGCAAAGUUCGUGUGUCUAGCAUACUAGAAAAGGAAUCCUUAAUAGGAUGCAAAAUAAUUUAAAUAAUUAUUGUAACGUUUGUUAUUAUUAUACACUCAAAGUUGUAAAUCUAACUCAUAUUUUCAAGUAAUUUUCCUUCCUCCGAUCCUAAAUAUUUAGUGCUGGAAUUGUUGAAAUGUCGGUUCAAAAAAGCGAAAAUAACACGCAAUGCACACUAUUUCAGGAACAAAGUCCUAUGAAAGAUAGAAAUAGAAAAUGAAAAUUGAAUGUGAAUUAUUUUUACUGAACCUUUUAAAUUGCUUUUCUAUGAUAUAACUUCUUGAACCAUCAAAACUCAGAACGGGUUAUAUAAAGUUGAAAGAUCGUCGCUUCUACUCGAAAUAAUCUUUCUAUAUGAUCCCAGUAAUUAUAAACUACUAUCAGUUAUUAUGAUUAACUUGUUAAGUUAGCAUUUCUUUGCUUUUAAGCUGUAAGGAUUGCAAAGAGUCAUUAAUAUAUUUGUCUACGAGCGUGAACAAUAAUUCCCUGCGAAACAAAACGAUAAUUAGGAUCUAAAUUCUGUUCAUUCGUUAAGACUAUGGAUAUUAGAAGGUUUGUGAUUUUAUUUCUUAUUUAAGUCAAAAACUGCUUCGAGGUAUAGUAAUAUUUCUGUAAAUUAUGAAUUGCAUUUUUAUUACAUAUUCCCGCUUAUUUUCUGAACAAGUCAGACAAAUGCUGUUAUGAAGUCCUUACCAGUGAGCGAGUGAAUUUCAAAUUAGAAGAAGUCUUUCGUAGUUACUCAACGCUCACUGCGCAUUUACUUAAUAAUGGAUUUUAAACAUUCCCUUUUUGACAAAGAAAGAAUGAAAUUAUAUGCUUUCAAAGUGAAAUAUAUAGUUCGUAAGUAAUUAAUUACUAAUGUAUCGUUAUUGUGUGUCUAGGAAGAAAUUUGUGCACAAAACUUUUGAGAAUGAAAAAGAACUAAACUGAUUGGAAGCCGCGCUUAGAUUUUUCAGGGAUAUCCAGUCUAAGAUGUAGAUUAUUGGUUUUAUGAAAAUCGACCCAUUUCAUUAUUGAAAAAUUAAGUAACUCCUUCACGUACAGUAAUAUGGUUUCAGUUAUUUCAAAGGGAAAGGAAAGUCUUCAAAAUCAUUACAGAUUAGUCUUGUUGUUUGAUUCCUUUAUCGGUAUAGCUACCAGCUUCGAAUCAAAGCAAACAUUUCUAAAUUUUAGAUUUGUGCAGUAGAUAGGUCACAUAAAGUCAAUUUUGCGUAACUCAAGAAAACGAAUCAAUUGCUCUGGUACGUUUAAAUUUUGGUUGUUUAAGCAGUUCUCCUGAGUAGAAAAACAACUCCUUCAAAUACAUUGUACAUUUAGAGCCUGCUUUCUAUUCCGGCGAACUUUUAAUGCUGUCAAUUGCAUUUUGGGUUGGUUGACCAAUAAUCGUUCCGAAUGGCACUACAUAAUGGAUAUUGGAAAAAGUGAAACAAAGACUAAUCUUACUUGAUGAACUAUAUUUAUAGAAACAAAACAAAAACUGAGUACAAAAGAUAAUAUUUAAAAUACAUAAAAACAGGUAUAACGAAAAAGUCAAGUCAAAUUCACUGAAUUUAAAAUUUACAAUUUACUAAGUGUAAUUGGAGUAUGAAAUUUCAUAAUAGAUUCUGAAAUAACAAAGGUGUAAUAAAUUACUUUAUGUAGUAACUACGAA